AUUAUAUUCCAUCAUAAACGUGUUACAUUACUUGUAUUUAUUAUCACUGUGAAUGUGUUAAGAGCAAACCACUUACAUUCUCUUCCAUCGAGCAGAAAGUAAAGUUUCUCUUGAACAUGGAUUAUUUCCUUUUCAUUGCUCUCACUUUCAUGUUGAGCUUCCAUAUUCAUUUUACUCAAGGAAGUGAACUGGUCCCUACCGAAACAAGCAGUUCAAAAAUAUACAUUAUUCAUGUGAAUGAGCCAGAGGGUAAGAUGUUUUCUCAAUCAGAAGAUUUAGAAAGUUGGCAUCAUUCAUUCAUGCCACCUACUGUUAUGACCUCUAAGGAACAACAACCACGAAUGAUUUAUUCAUAUAGAAAUGUGCUGAGUGGUUUUGCUGCAAGACUGACUCAAGAAGAGCUGAGAGCUGUGCAGCAGAAAAAUGGCUUCAUUUCAGCUCAUCCCGAAAGGAUGCUACGUCGUCAAACAACACAUACACCAGAUUUCUUGGGGUUGCAGCAAGAUAUUGGAUUAUGGAAGGACUCAAAUUUUGGAAAGGGAGUAAUUAUUGGUGUUCUGGAUUCAGGAAUCACACCUGAUCAUCCUUCAUUCAGUGAUGCAGGAAUACUACCGCCACCGCUCAAAUGGAAAGGGAGAUGUGAACUUAAUGGUACAGCAUGUAACAACAAACUAAUUGGAGCAAGGUCCUUUAACAAUGCAGCUAAGGCAAGGAAAGGAGAGAAGGGUGAGGCGCCGAUUGAUGAGGAUGGACACGGGACUCACACAGCAAGUACAGCGGCUGGUGCUUUUGUGGACAAAGCACAAGUACUGGGAAAUGCCAAAGGUACAGCAGCAGGGAUGGCUCCUCAUGCUCACCUAGCAAUUUACAAAGUGUGCUUUGGAGAAGACUGUCCGGAGAGUGAUAUACUAGCGGCAUUAGACGCAGCUGUGGAGGAUGGUGUGGAUGUAAUAUCGAUAUCGCUUGGUCUAAGCCAGCCGCCUCCAUUUUUUAAUGACAGCACUGCUAUAGGGGCUUUUGCAGCAAUUCAAAAGGGAAUCUUUGUAAGUUGUGCAGCAGGAAAUUUUGGCCCUUUUGAUGGUUCACUGGUUAAUGGAGCUCCAUGGAUUCUCACUGUUGGAGCAAGUACUAUUGACAGAAGCAUUGUUGCAACAGCAAGGCUUGGAAAUGCGGAAGAAUUUAAUGGUGAGUCUGUUUUCCAGCCUUCCAAUUUUUCUCCAACAUUGUUGCCCUUGGCAUAUGCAGGAAAGAAUGGAAAACAAGCAUCGACAUUUUGUGCUAAUGGAUCAUUGAGUGACAUUGAUUUCAGAGGCAAGGUUGUUUUGUGUGAGAGGGGAGGGGGUAUAGGAAGAAUUGCCAAAGGAGAGGAAGUAAAAAGAGCAGGUGGUGCAGCCAUGAUUCUGACAAAUGAUAAAAUCAAUGGUUUCAGUCUCUCAGCUGAUGUACAUGUCCUACCAGCAACACAUGUAAGCUAUGCAGCUGGACUAAAAAUCAAGGCCUACAUAAAUUCCACUGCAACACCAACAGCAAACAUUUCAUUUAAAGGAACGAUUAUUGGAAACUCGCUAUCGCCAGCCGUUGCAUCGUUCUCUUCAAGAGGUCCUAACUUACCAAGUCCUGGUAUAUUAAAACCAGAUAUCAUAGGACCAGGUGUGAACAUCCUAGCUGCAUGGCCAUUCCCUCUGAAUAACAACACCAAUUCAAACCUCAAUUUCAACAUUAUGUCUGGAACAUCAAUGUCAUGCCCACAUCUUAGUGGCAUUGCUGCUUUGCUUAAAAGCUCUCAUCCUCAUUGGUCACCAGCUGCUAUAAAAUCUGCCAUAAUGACUUCUGCAGACACACUAAAUUUAAGAAACAAACCCAUUGUUGAUGAAAAACUUCAGCCUGCAAAUCUCCUUGCGACCGGUUCGGGCCACGUGAAUCCAUCAAAAGCAAAUGAUCCUGGAUUGGUAUAUGAUAUCCAACCUGAUGAUUAUAUACCUUAUCUCUGUGGUUUAGGCUACAGUGAUGUGGAAGUUGGGAUCAUUGCACACAAGACCAUUAAAUGCAGUGAGACUUCAAGCAUUGCUGAAGGAGAGCUUAACUACCCUUCAUUCUCUGUUGUGCUUGGUUCUUCACAGACAUUCACAAGGACAGUGACAAAUGUAGGUGAGGCCCACUCAACUUAUGGUGUCACAGUUUCGGCACCAAAAGGGGUUGAUGUGAAGGUCCAGCCAAAAAAGCUUAUCUUUUCAAAAGCCAACCAGAAAGAAACAUAUUCAGUGACAUUCAACCGUAUAGGGUUGGGUAAUAAGACAGAAGAAUAUGCUCAAGGAUUUCUAAAAUGGGCAUCUGCUAAACACUCUGUCAGGAGUCCUAUCUUGGUCAAAUUUGCAUAGAAUAAUAGUGUAACCAAGCAACAACUUGUACUACCAGACAACAAGUUUAAUACUAAGAAAAUAAUAGGAGAAUCUGUCAACAAAAGGAUCACCCUAAAAUGAUCAUCUUGUGGCUACUGAUAAAGAAUCAAAUCAUAUUCCAAUUAUUUAGAA